AUGACAUUUGGGGCGUGGAACGUGAGAACGCUUCUUGAUCGAGAUGGCAACGCUUGCCCUGAACGCAAGACCGCCAUAGUAGCUCGGGAACUUCAUCGCUACAACGUAGAUGUGGCUGCUCUCAGCGAAACACAUCUUGCCGAUGAAGGAGAGCUGGUGGAAGUAGGUGCUGGUUAUAUUUUCUUCUGGAAAGGUACCGCUGCCUCUGAAACGCGACAUUCAGGUGUAGGAUUUGCCAUCAAGAAUCACUUAGUAAAGCGAUUAGAGGAGUACCCUGUUCAUAUCUCGGACCGCGUUACCACACUGCGAGUUCACCUGGAUAAAGACAAUUACCUUAAUGUCAUCAGUGUAUAUGCUCCAACGCUUGACAAGUCUGAUGACAUUAAGGACAAAUUCUAUGGGGAAGUGUCUCUUUGCCUUGACAGCAUAAACGCCAGAGAGCAGGUACUAUUGCUGGGCGACUUCAAUGCCAGGGUCGGUCGGGACUAUGAGGCUUGGCCUGGAGUUCUGGGUAGACACGGAGUCGGCAACAUUAACAGCAAUGGUCAGUUGCUGCUCAGUCUUUGUGCUCAAUACGGUCUAGCAAUUACGAACACUAUGUUUAGACUUGCCGCUAAGUACAAGACAACAUGGAUGCACCCAAGAUCCAAGCACUGGCAUUUGAUCGACUAUGCUAUUUGA